AUGAAUAUCGCUCCCUCCCCCGACUCGACAACGGACCCCGAAAAGGGUCAGCCCGCGGUGGAUUUGGAGGAAAUCGGCGAGCGCGAUGGCUACACUCUGGACACAGCAGUGGCCCAGAAUCGCGACCUGCGCACCACCGAUGAUGGCCGCAUCGUGCUCAUUCCACAACCCAGCGACUCCCCCAAUGAUCCUCUCAACUGGCCCUCGUUCCGCAAACACUUGAUCCUUAUUAUUAUCUCGGUCACGGCCUUCUUACCCGACUAUGGAAGCGCCACGGGAGCGGUGACUCUCAUUCCACAGGCUACGGAAUGGAACAUGACCCAGGACCAUGUCAACCACUCUCAGGUCGGUAAUGUGUUUAUGCUGGGGGCAGGUGGGCCCUUUGUCGUCGCCCUGGCUGCGUAUUUUGGUCGCUAUCCGGUGCUUUUCUGGUUUGCGCUGCUGGCCCUGGUGACAGCCAUCUGGUGUGCGGGUGCCCAAUCGUUUGAGUCGUUUAUGGCGGCCCGGAUUCUAAACGGCUUCUUCUCCACCGUUACGCAGGGAGGUGGCCUCAUGUUUAUUAAGGACAUGUUUUUCUUCCAUGAACAAGCACGUAAAAUUAACAUCUGGUCCGGCUUUAUCGUGCUCUCACCCUAUCUGGGGCCGUUAUUUGCCGCCUUUAUUAUCAACACCCAGAUAUGGCAAUGGGCCUUUGGGGUCUACAGCAUCGAAACCGGCCUGUGUCUCAUGGCGAUCAUCAUUUUUGUCGAUGAGACCUACUACGACCGGAAGACGGCACAGCCGGACAUGGUAUCCGACGGCCAGGCAAAGAUUCCACCUAUUCUUAGCGGCUCCCGGUUUCUGCGUAUGCUGGGCGUUCAGCAGUGGAGGACCGGAUAUAUUAAGAAUAGCCCCAAAGACGCGAUUAUGCGUCCGAUAACUAUUAUUCUAAAACCUGUUGUAUUCCUCUCUACGGUAUACUACCUUCUGACCUUCGCCUGGGUCGUUGGGAUUAAUACGACCCUGUCCAUUUUUCUGGGUCCGUUGUAUGGGUUUGGCCCGAAGCAGAUCGGGUUCUUCUACUUCACUCCUGUUGUAGCCGCCCUUCUCGGAGAACUCGCUGGCCACUGGCUGCACGAUAUGCUGGCCUCUAUGGCGGCGCGCCGCAACCAAGGCCGCCUGGAGCCCGAGGCACGUCUUCUAGCCAUCUGGGUGGCUACACCAUUCAUGAUCGCCGGGCUCAUUUUACUGGGUUUUGCUCUCGAGGGCGCUUACCACUAUAUGCUGGCAGCGCUGGGCUGGGGGCUCUACGUCUUUGGCAUCAUGAUUAUGACAGUGGCGAUUAAUGCCUAUGUCCUGGACAGUUAUCCCGAGGCAAGCGGCGAAGUUGCCGCCUGGAUUAACUUUGGACGCACCACGGGGGGCUUCAUCGUCAGCUACUUCAUGGUGGAGUGGGCGAAUAAGCUGGGAGCGAUACGCCAGUUUGGCACCAUGACUGGAAUUGUUGUCUUCGCGUUCCUGAUUAUCUUGUUGUUGCAAGUCUGUGGAAAGAAAAUGAGACGGUGGGCGGGACCAGCCAAGUUUAAGACUGGCUAG